AUGCGCAUUUCUCUUAUCCACGCAAUUCUGGUCUUCUUGACCAUUGUACAAUCAGUCAGCGCCGGCUGGGAUUCAUUUCUUGACUUCGCCAAGGAUACCGAGAAGAAAGUUGUUAAAUUCAGCAAAGAGGUCGGCGAAAAAGUUGAGGAGUUCGCCAAAGUGGCUGGCGAGAACGUUGUGGAAACUAACAAAGAGGCCAGCGAGGCGGAUGUGGGUUUCGCCAAUACGGCUGGUGAAGAGGUUGCCCGCCUCGCCGGCGUAGUCGCACACGAUGUUGACGCCAUCGCCAACAAACCAAUGGAGGAAUUAAAUGCAUCCAUCGAUGAUGUCGUUGUCAAGACUAGUGGUCUGUGGCAUUCAUUGUCACAGGGCGAUGCCCGAAUGACCUUUGAAAUCAUUGAAGCCAAGCUCAGUCGUGGUAUCCUCGUUGCUGGGUUGCUCAUCAAUAACAUGUCUCGCAAUCUCACGUUCUCGGCCUUAAUAUCUGCUGCUCGUGCUAUCAAGGAAGGAAACUUUUUUGCCGUACUCCCAUUUGCCAUAUCCAUCGCCUUACUCCUAAUUCCUGAAAUUUGGUUUCUUGGCCCGUUGAUGGGAAUUUUUGGUUCUGGUCCCUUGGGGCUAGUCAAAGGUAAUGAGACUCAUCUUUCAGCGUGUCUCGCAGUUUCACAGUUCUCGGCGUUAGGAUCUACUGCUGCAUGGGUACAGGCAGAACUAUGGGGAGGUGCUAUUCAGGAGGGAAGCUGGUUUGCCACACUCCAAUCUGCGGGGAUGAAAGUAGCUGUGUAA